AUGGAUAUUUUCAUGUUUUGGGCUGCGUUUCUGAUGCUGAUAAAGAUUGUUAAAACCAUAUGUCUACCUUCAGAAGUUUACAUACAAGAUAAUCAAGAACAGAAAUGCUUGCCAACUUGUCCACAGAGUUUAUAUAUGUUCAGACAAACAUGCAUUAAAGACUGUCCAAAAUAUGCCAAUGUAAACGAAACAGCGCUGGGGAAAUUUUGCAUAGUGGAGCACGACUUUGAUUGUCAGCGAAUCUCCUGUCUGACAGACUUCCCUCUUUGCUACAGAAUGAAUUGUUUGGAGAAGUGUCCGGAAUACACCGUCAAAUUCGAGAACAGUUGUGUGUUGGAAUGUCCAAUGUCAAAUCCAUUCUUGGUGUCAAGCAAUUGUGAGGGUCCAUGUUUUACUGGGAAUGCAACUUGUGUUGAAAGAUGUCCUGAUGAUCAUCCAUUUAUCUUUCAAAAUCCUCGAUCCAUUCACUGUCUUAAAUAUUGCCCAAAUUACACAUUUGAGGAUACCAAAAACAAAGUUUGUCACCUGAAAUGUCCAGCAGAGAAACAACUUCUUUUCAACAAGACCUGUCAUAACAAUUGUCCAGUAUCACACCCUUUCAUACAAACGUUGACGUCAUAUUAUAACACAAUAUCCCUGUGUUCCGAAUCCUGUCCACAACGUACACUGAUUGAUGAAGGCUAUUGCGUCAUUGCUUGUCCAGAUGGAAAGUAUGAAUUCAACAACACCUGUAUAGAUGAUUGUCCAGAGUCACACCCUUUAAAGUAUCCAAAUGUCCUAGAAAAGUCGACUUUUGGGAGAGCGAAGUACACUUGCGUUGAUUCCUGCAAUAUUAAAAUUAAUUCUUACAUUUCAAACAAUCUGGAAUACAAAAAUCACUGCGUUAGUUCAUGUCCAUCAGAAUCCAACUUUGCCUUCAAUGGAUCGUGUGUUGGCUCAUGUCCCUCGUCUCAGCGAUACAACAUCAAUGACAAACAUAGCGAGUAUCAACACUGCGUUGAAAAAUGUCCUGACAACACUGUUUUAACCAACAAAACAAACUGUCGACAUUUCUGCCCACCAGUUGAAAAUUUUAUGUUUAACAGGACCUGCCAUCAAGAAUGUCCAAUAGAGGCUAUGUUUUAUCCAUUAUACAAAGAUUCUCCUCAUGCUGAAUGCUACAAAAAAUGCCCAGAUGGUGAUAAGAUUUUCAACGACACCCAAUGUGCAAGUAGAUGUCCCGAAAAGGCAAAAUAUGAGAAUAAUGGUACUUGUGUCACCGAAUGCCAAGGCCAUUUUGGCUUUAAACUUCAUAGAGUGGAUUAUUAUUUCAAUAGCAUCGAAAAGUAUGUUUGCGUGGCCAAAUGUCCGGUUGAUUACCUCAUAAAUGGUAAUGAGUGCAUCAAAGAAUGUCCAUCUGGUAGAAAAUAUGUCUUUGAUAAAACUUGCAUUGAAACAUGCCCUAUCAAGUACAAUUACAAACAGCUUGAAGGAGGUCAUUAUAAAUGCAUUGACAAAUGUCCGACAAAUUACCUCAUAAAUGGUAAUGAGUGCAUCAAAGAAUGUCCAUCUGAAAGAGAAUUUGUCUUCAAUAAUACUUGCAAUGAAACAUGCCCAAUCGAGCUCAAUUACAAACAACUCGAGGGAGGUCACUAUAAAUGCAUUGAAAAAUGUCCGUCUACAGCAUUUGUGCACAAUGAACUCUACUGCGUGUCCUCUUGUCCAGCUGACGCUCUUUACCAAGUAAACAAGACAUGUGUCGCUACCUGCCCGAGUGAAGUAAGAUUCAGAUAUAGUAAUUUCACAACUAUAACUGUUAAUUGGUAUUCUAAAAAGAACGUCUACCAUCAUUACUGUUUAGCAGAUUGUCCAACGAAAACAUUAUAUAAUCAAGAUGCUUGUGUGGAGGAAUGCCCGAAAGAAGCUAACUACUUAUUCAACAGAUCUUGUGAUAUUGGUUGUCCAGCAACGGUUCGGUAUAGAAUAUUAACAGGAAAUCAUUUCACUUGUCUCGAUGAAUGUCCCUCAAAUGCCUACAAAUACAAUGCUUUAUGUGUCUUGACGUGUCCCGUUGACAAAAACUACGAACACAAUGGGACGUGUUAUCAGGAAUGUCCUGAACGUGAAGAUUUCAUCUACAGGGAUGGUUCCUAUUCUCGAUGCAUGAAUGAAUGCAAUCCCUUCUUCACAUUCAACAAGACAUGUUUGGAACACUGUCCAGAUGAAGCAAAAUUUCGAGACAAUGGGAAAUGCGUAGCCUACUGCAACGACGAAAAACGAAUGUAUACAUUUAGAAAUUUCACAGUGGGCACAGGCGGGAAAAAGAUAUACGACUAUUAUUGUCUUCAUACAUGUCCAGUAAAUACGUUUAUAUCCAGUUUAACGUGUGUUUCACAAUGUCCAAGCGAUACUUUACAAUUAGACAACAAGUGUGUAAAGCUUUGUCCAAAAGAGAGACCUCUGAAUUACACAACAAACAAAGGUAAAUACUUGUGUGUCCAUUCUUGUCCUUACAGAACGUUCAGAUUUCAGAGUGUCUGUUUUGAUCAAUGUCCGAGUUGGUUAAAAUCCCAUCAAGGUACUUGCACACACGAAUGUCCAAAGUCUCAUCCAUACACUGAUAUUAGAUCCCAAAAAUGCUUAAGCGCAUGUGAAGAUAAUUUUGUUAUAACAGACAAUAACAUAUGCGAUAAAAAGUGUCCAACUGGGAAACAUUAUAUUGAAAAAAAUUCAUGCGUGUUUUCUUGCAAAAAUCCACGCUCGUUACUUCAGACAACGGAGCAAGGGUUAGUAUGUCAUGACCAAUGUCCACACAACCUUCUGUUGAUGGAAAACAAGGGAGCAUGUGUGAAAAAGUGUCCGGAGGAUAAACUGAUCGUGGGGAGUGUGUGUCGAGCUUUGUACAAAUGUCCAAAUCAUGCGUAUCUUGAACUUACGGACUUUGGUAAAAGGUGUACGAAUAAAUGUUCAUCAGGAUUUUAUUUAGACGGAAAACAUUGCGUUAAAGAAUGUCCACCAGAAAAAGUAAUCUAUGAUGCUGUCUGUGCAAACGAAUGUCCCACCACACAUCCGUUAAGAUACAAGGAGUUCGGAUCAUCCAAUCCACGUUUAAUAUGUUACAGGCAAUGUCCGGGCAAUUAUGUUUUAAUCUCCAAAAAAGCCCCAACACAGAACAAUAAAAAUGAAAAAUAUGUUAUUAGAUAUUCAAAAGAAGAUAAUGAAGAAGCAGAUAUUAUUGAAGUAAAUCAUCAGAAUACAGAUCAUGACGGCGACGAAAUUGUUGAACUCAACGAUGGAAUAGAGACUGCGACUACUUUUCGAAGACGCAAGGGAAAAUCAUGA